UGAAGGAAAAUCAAGAAGAAGAAGAAGGGACCAACACCGUUCGUUACUCCAGUUCUGCAAUUCUAAAGAGUGAUUUACACUCGGCGUUUUCGUUCCUCCUUGGAAAAUGGAACUUGAUAAUGUUGAUCUUUCUGCAGUUCUUUGGCAUAGUGUGUUACAAGCAGAUAUUCCGAAAUUAAAUGCUGCUGUUCUAAAUGGCGUGGACGUGGAUUCCUUCCUCUCCGAGGACGGCUACACAGCGCUGAAUUUGGCGUCAGUGUUACCCGAGGACGAUUGCUUCAAAAUUUGUCAAGUGCUCUUGGCCCACGGCGCCAAUCCAAAUAUUCAGAACAAGAAUGGAGAAAGCAGUGUGCAUUCGGCAGCUUCCAGAGGGUUCUGUCAGGUUCUGGAUUUGCUGUUGAUCAAUGGAGGAGACCCCUUGCUAGGGGACUUCAAGGGAAGGACUCCUAUCGAUCUGGCUCAUAAAAACGGACAGACAGAGGCUGUGGAUCUCCUGAACUGGGUUCUGGAUGCUGAGAACUACGAGGCGCCAGGGAAUCGCGACUCCAAAGUUGUGGUUUCGUUGUUGAAGGAAGAAGCUGUGGAAAUUCUUUGCGACUCUAAUGAUGAAACAUCAACUACUCUGGAAGAAACUUGCUCUCCUGAUUUGGUUCUUGAGAAAUGCAGCGAAAUAUCACAUUCAUCAAAAUGGAAAAAGACGACUUAUGGCGAUGAAAAACUUGAAGAAAGUUGCUCAGACUUUUCACUACUAUCCAUGAGCAGGCUCUUGAACUCUUUCUGCCUAGAGGCUGAUGAAAGCAGUUUAAAACUUUCAAAUGUAGAUAUAGACUUCAGAGGCAAGUAUUUUGAACUUUUGAAACGAAGGUUGGAAAGUAAUACUGACAGCGAUAAUGAAUCAGACAUGGCAGCAUUACAAACUUAUCUCAGAAAAAGUUUGUUCACCGCCAAUGAUUCAGUGAAACCUGAAGACUGUAGUGAGUAUAGUGACUCUGUGUUUGAGUCGACGAAUGAAUUCAACUUUGAUGAGAGUUGUGCCUUACAGAAAGAUGGUAAAAGUACUAAGCAGAGGCCCUUGGGCAAUGCUCAUCAGAAUUCUUUUCUUAAGAGGGACAUGAAUGAUAACUAUAGCAAAGAUUAUACCGGGGCACAUCACGAGAGAUCGGCAUAUAUAAGUUUUGAUCAGUCCUCAGUCCUCUUGUUCGAGUCGCAGUCGGAAAUGAUGUCCGAUACCCAGUACUCUCUUCCUUCAUUUGCCGCUGACAUUGAUACAACAGCUCCUUUGAAUACAACGAAGCCAGAAUUCUGUACUUCCCUCCAGUUACUGAAGGCACCGAGGAAAGCGAAGAGCGAGGGUACUUACAGAAAGCUUACAGACAUUGACUACGAUGCCGGGGUUUCAUGCGAAGGAUCGAACCGUGAUAUCAAAAGAGAAUUUGAGGCUAAGACCGGAGCAGUAGCAACAAAUGGCCACUAUGGUCAUGAUUACAUAGGGGAUUCUUACAUAGGGGAACAUUGUAAGAAGGCAGAACGCUCAGUUCAAAAAGGGGUUGCUUCAGUUGGAGGUUAUGGCACAGUACGAUUGUGUGAGUCUAUGGGGAGCACUGUCAAAAGCUUCGUUGGCGUGAUGAAAGAGUACCUGUAUGAGGAUUUAGAAGAGGGUAUAUCCUUCAUAGAAAGGAGGUGCCCUGUGUCAGAGUCCUCUGAUAGCUUCAGAACAACUAACAGCACCAUUUCCUCUGGCGUACGCCUACCUUCUAAAGAGGGCCAACAAAAGGACAUUGAAUUCAAAUCGGAAAUUGGGAAAGCAGACAUAAGUUCCACCUUGGGUACCUUGACAGACAGUGUAAAAAAUCUGAGAGGAGAACGUUUGGUGAAAUCUCUGAAGGAAAUCGGUUAUACCCCUGGGCCAAUUCUUCCCAACACAGAGCGCCUGUAUCAGCGGCAUCUGAUGAGGCUGCGCAAGAAUCCAGGUCUGAUCAAUCAGGAUCGAGAUCGAGGAGUUCCUUUGUAUUCUCACGAGCUCAAGAAGGCCUUGGAAGCCCCUUCAUCUCUGAGCCUGGCCACGAGCAAUUACUUAGAGCAGGCAAUGUCUUCACCCUUCAGGCAAAUAGACCCUUGUCGUCACUGGAGAGACGGGACAAACAAAACCUGCUUUAACUAUCUGCUCUUAGAUCCUAGAAUGACACAGAACCUUCCUGUCAGGGGAGCUUUGAUGGGAGAGGAAGAGAGGUUCCAGUGUUUCGUCUCGUCCAUCUUUUAUAUUGGCAAAGGAAGCAGGUGUAGGCCCUAUCAUCAUCUGUACGAGGCCUUCAGAUCCAAUAAAAAAGAGGGGAAGAAAAGCAAAAAAGUCAAAAGAAUCCAAGACAUUUGGUCAGAAGGCUUGGGUGUGGUGUCUCUCCACGUGUUCCAGAACACAAUUCCAGUUGAGGCCUGGACGAGAGAAGCAGCCAUGAUAUCAGCUCUAGGCCUGCAGAACAUUUGCAACGACAUCAGAGGGACGUUUUAUGGGGUGGCGAGUACUUGGAAACUGGGCGAGCAGAGGAGUCUGGGAACCUACUUACUCUACCGUUCUCUCAACAUUUUCAUGCUGGAAGGAGAGAGGCAACUGAGCCCUGCCGACAUUUCUGUGCCAACUUGGAAGAGGAGGUAAUCUCUCUCGGGUGAAGGAGUGAACUCCCUCGAAUACAGAAGUAUAGACUCCGAAUGGGAUAAAUGCCUUUGGGUAAAGGAAUGACACUGAAAUCAAUGGAUUUCCGUGGAUGCAAAAUGAAUCCCCUUGGAACAAUGAGUAAUGAGUAACUAUUGUAAAGAGUAAAUUUCUCUGGAUGAAAAUACCAAUAUGAGUGGAUAAAGAAGUA